AUGGCAUCAGUGUCAUCCAGCUCUCGUCUCAACAAAGCUGUGCGGCAGCAGUACAUGAGCCUGCCUCAAGGACAGAAAUGCCAGGUCACCUACAUCUGGAUUGAUGGCACUGGAGAGGCACUUCGGAACAAGACGAGAACUCUAGACACAGAACCAAAAAGCAUAGAAGAAAUACCUGAGUGGAACUUUGAUGGCUCAAGCACCUACCAGGCUGAAGGCUCCAACAGUGACAUGUACCUCAUCCCGGUCCGCAUGUUCAGGGAUCCAAUCAACCUUGACCCCAAUAAACUGGUUCUUUGUGAGGUCCUGAAGUACAACCGUUUACCUGCAGAAACUAACCACAGAGCGAGCUGCAACGAAGUGAUGAAAAAGGUCAAAGAGCACCAUAUUUGGUUCGGUAUGGAACAGGAGUACACACUCCUGGGAACAGAUGGACAUCCAUUUAGCUGGCCUCCAAAUGGAUUCCCAGCACCCCAAGGUCCUUACUACUGUGGGGUGGGGGCCAACAGUGCUUAUGGAAGGGACAUUGUGGAGUGCCACUACAAGGCCUGCCUCUAUGCUGGGGUCAAAAUCUACGGUACUAAUGCUGAAGUUAUGCCAUCUCAGUGGGAGUACCAGGUGGGCCCCUGUGAGGGCAUCGAGAUGGGGGACCAGUUGUGGAUCUCACGUUUCCUUUUGCACCGUGUCUGUGAAGAUUUCGGGGUUGUAGCAACGCUGGACCCCAAACCCAUGAAGGGCAACUGGAACGGGACUGGUUGCCACACAAAUGUCAGCACCAAGGAGAUGAGGGAAGAAGGAGGACUGCAGUACAUUGAGAAGGCUAUCGAUAAGCUGGGGAAAAAGCACCCUGAGCACAUUCGUGUGUACGACCCUCAUGGAGGCAAGGACAACAUCAGGCGUCUCACAGGUCUCCACGAAACCUCCAGCAUCCACGACUUCUCUGCCGGAGUGGCCAACCGAGGUGCCAGCAUCCGCAUCCCUCGGCAGGUGGGGCAAGAGAAGAAAGGGUACUUCGAGGACCGCCGUCCCGCAGCAAACUGUGACCCGUAUGCAGUGACGAAGGCCAUCGCCAUAACCUGCCUAUUGGAAGAAGAAGAAAAAGGAGCCAAGUAG